AUGUCGAUGUCUUUGUCUUCACUCCCUUGCAGGGCUCAAGGUCUUCGUAUUGCGCCGCCCGAAGCUCCCGUCACCGGUUACAUGUUCGGGAAGGGCAUCUACUUUGCGGACAUGUCCAGCAAGUCGGCCAACUACUGUUACCCCAGCCACGAAAUGCCUCAGGGCUGCUUGUUGCUCUGUGAAGUGGCGCUGGGCAAAAUGCAUGAGUGCUCCAGGGCUGAUGAUUCUAAACUGAAGGGCGAGUAUAAUAGUCGCAAAGGUGUUGGCGCGACAUGUCCUGAUCCGGAUACCUAUUACACCGACGAGAAUGGGGUCGUCUGUCCUACUGGCCAGCCCAAGAGCACUGCGGUUUCCGGCCAUUUGCUGUACAACGAGUUUAUCGUCUACAACACGGCUCAAGUGAAGCAGAAGUACCUGGUUUGGGUUAACUUCAACUUCAAGUAA